UCCACAAACACUUGACGUGCAAUAUUAAUUCCUCGCCUUCCCAUAAACAUAAACAGAAAACAACAUAGAUUCCCAAUUCCCUUCCUAGAUUCCAAAUUAUUAACCCGAUCAAUGGCCAGAGCAGGAUUUGUCCGGAUUCUGACCGUUCUGAUAGCCGUUGCGGUUAUGAUUCAUGUGCUUGGCUGCGGAGUGGAGUCUCGGCCGUUCAAAAUAUUGAAGCGGCCCGAUGCGCAGAGUGGUGGGAGCUGGUGGGCCGAUGCGGCCUUCUGGGAGGGAUUGGCCCUUGGGGCGGUGAAGCAAUCGGGGCCCAGCCCAGGCGUCGGGAACAGUUUCACCGAUGCUGCAAAUGAUGGUCCCAGCCCAGGAGUGGGGCACUGAUAGUACUGACUUAAUUAAAAUUUGUUCGUUAUAGUAUACCUCUUUCAUAUAAAGUUCGUUUCUUAAUUAUUUAAUUUAUCUUUAUUUUUUUAAGAUGCGAACCAUUUAGUUUAUCUUCAUGGGCAGCUACUUGGAGCCCUUUUCACAUAUAAUUCACUACUAAUUCUUUUGCUUCUUCACUUUUGGUAUUUCUCUAUAUAGUGGUUGCUGCAAUCAAGUAGUGUAUUAUUGUUACAGAUCAAUAUAAAUAAAAAAAGUGUGG